ACAAAAAAAAACAGGAGUUUACUGGAAAUACCAGUUCAUGAAUAAUAAUGAAAGUAGUAGGCUUAAUUAGUGGUGGUAAAGAUAGCUGCUAUAAUUUGAUGCAUUGUGUGUCCCUAGGACACGAGAUUAUAGCUUUAGGAAAUUUGUACCCUGCAGGAGGAAAAGAUGAAAUUGACUCCUUUAUGUAUCAAUGUGUGGGUCACGAUAUUAUCCCCUUGUAUGCUGAGUGUUUAAAUCUGCCUUUGUAUAGAGAAGAAAUUCGAGGUAGCAGCAUCGAUCAAAACUUAGAAUAUAGUUACACCAUUAACGAUGAAACGGAAGAUUUAUAUCGUCUAUUAAAGCAUGUGCUUGAAUGUCAUCCUGACUUGGAAGCUGUUUCUACAGGAGCCAUAUUGUCUACUUACCAGAGAACUCGUGUAGAGAAUGUAUGUAAGCGUUUGGGCCUUGUUAGCCUUUCCUAUCUAUGGCAAAUGGAGCAGACAAAAUUGUUAGAUGACAUGAUCCAAUCUGGUCUCCAAGCAGUUUUGAUAAAGGUUGCUGCAAUUGGAUUAACUAGAAGAGAUUUAAACAAAACGUUAGGGGAAAUGCAGCCAAAGCUCAUGUCUUUAAAAAAGAAAUUUGACCUACACCCAUGCGGUGAGGGUGGGGAGUACGAGACGCUCGUUUUAGACUGUCCCUUAUUUCAAAAGAAAAUCGUUUUAACGGAUACUCAAGUUGUAGAGCAUUCUUCUGGGGAAGUCUGCUAUUUAAAAGCACUUGCCCAUGUAGAGGAAAAGCCCGAUUGGAAGCCUGUUCCAGUUGGGACACCAUUGGUUCCUAAGGAACAUCUUUUAGAAAGCAAUUUUCAAUCUAUCUACGAAACGAUUCUAAAUGAAUAUGAAGCAUACGACAAUCAUGAAGAGGAACCUGUACAGCCUGUUCCUAUUCCAGUCCGAGAGCGUGUCUUUAAAGAAAAGAAGGGUCCUUUUCUGGUUUUAGGAAAUGUUAUACCAGAAAGUACGGAGUAUAAUUCUUUUGAGGAAGAGGCGGAUUCUCUCUUUCAAAGCUUAGAAGGUCUUCUUGCUGAACAUUCCUACUCUACUAAGAAUGUUUGCUUUGUUGUCAUUAUAGUAUCAUCCAUGAACCUAUUUUCCGAAUUGAACGGUGUCUAUCAAAAAUAUUUUAAUUUCAUCAAUCCACCAAGUCGUUCUUGUAUUGCUUCCUCCUUAAGCAAUGAUCACCGGAUUACCCUCUCGUGUAUUGCUACAGACACUGCUGACAAACGAACCCUUCACAUUCAAGGUCAAAGCUAUUGGGCUCCUGCAAAUAUAGGUCCUUACUCACAGUCCAAUUCUGUUCACGGGGUCACAUUCAUUUCAGGACAGAUUGGAUUGAUACCUUCCGUUAUGGAUUUACAGCCCCAAGAUACAGUUUUGGAGGCAGUUUUAUCCCUUCAACACAUCAAGCGUGUCUCAAGGGUAAUGAAAGCGAACCAGUAUGUUGCUUGUUUGGCUUACAUCAAAGACUCAAGAGAUGCUUCUUUGAUAAAUAAAAUUUGGUCCGACUUUACAGAACUGAAUAACAUUGAAUGUCCUCUUUCAAUUGCUCUAGUGGAAGAAUUACCUCGAAAUGCUUCUGUUGAAUGGCAAGUCCUGUGCUGCAAUGGAUCGGAAGAUGAGCCUGCUCCCCUGAAUGCUAUCAUUACGAACAAAACUUUGAUCGGAUCUGAUGCUGCUUGGACUACUGCGUUGCUCGAUAGAAAAGCUUUACAAUUAGAGUCCUCGUUCGUUAAUUACCAUUAUCCUGUUUUAUACUCUCUCGUUUUAAAUUCUCCGUCAUCUUCUAAGCUAUUACAAAUACGGUUUAGGAGUCGUCAUGCUGAAGAAUCGUAAUCGCUUAGUGGUUGUGAACAAUCCGCUUUUAAUGAAUUCGUUUUCAUGAACAAUGUAUAAUAUUCUAGUUUCGACUAAUGGGAAUCUUUUUUUGUUAUCUCGGUAGUUUUCUCUCAGUUCUAUUCUUUUUGUUCCUGAGUUAAAUAUAAAAAUAAAAUUUCUACAUACGAUCCUA